AUGUUGUCUAUUAAAACAUUAUUAGCUGCAGCAGUUGUAGCAUCAUCUGCUUUUGCCAGUGCUUCCAACCAAGUUGCUCUUUACUGGGGCCAAAACGGUGCUGGUGGUCAAGAAAGAUUGGCUCAAUACUGUCAAGAAACUGACGUCGACAUUGUUUUAUUGUCAUUCUUGAAUUUGUUUCCAGAUCCAUUGAAUGUCAAUUUUGCCAACCAAUGUGGUAACACUUUUGAGUCUGGGUUGUUGCACUGUUCUCAAAUCGGUGCUGACAUCAAAACUUGUCAAUCUUUAGGUAAAACCGUGUUAUUAUCUUUAGGUGGUGGUGUUGGUGAUUAUGGUUUUAAUGAUGUCGCCUCUGCCACCAAAUUCGCUGACACCUUGUGGAACAAAUUCGGUGCCGGUCAAGAUGCAGAAAGACCAUUUGAUGAUGCCAUUGUUGAUGGUUUCGAUUUCGACAUUGAACACGGUAGUACUACUGGAUACCCAGAAUUGGCCACUGCCUUAAGAAGCAAGUUUGCUCAAGACACUUCUAAAAACUAUUUCUUAUCUGCUGCUCCACAAUGUCCAUACCCUGAUGCUUCUCUUGGUGAUUUGUUAUCCAAAGUCCCACUUGAUUUUGCAUUCAUUCAAUUCUACAACAACUAUUGUUCAGUUGAUGGUCAAUUCAAUUACGAUACUUGGUCCAAAUUCGCUGACUCUGCUCCAAACAAAAACAUCAAAUUAUUUGUCGGUGUUCCUGCUACCGGUAACGUUGCUGGCUACGUUGAUGCUAAUAAAUUAUCCACAACUAUUGAAGAAAUCAAAUGUGACCCACACUUUGCUGGUGUUUCCCUUUGGGAUGCAUCUGGUGCUUGGUUGAAUACCGACGAUCAAGGUAAUAACUUUGUUGUCCAAGUCAAGAAUGUUUUGAACCAAAAUACUUGUGUUGCCCCAACUACUUCUGCCACUACCACUUCAACUGCUGCCAUUACCACAAAAUCUGAUGAGAUUGUUACUUCAUCUUCAUCUUCUUCCUCAAUUUUCUAUGGUAACUCAACCACUGAAUCUUCAUCUGGCAUUGCUUCUGGUACUGUUCUUCCAACUGGUUCAGGUUCAGGAUCUUCUAACACUAAACUGUAUGAACUUGCCAUUUCCACUGUCACUGAUGUCCAAAAAACUGUUGUCACCAUUACCUCAUGUUCUGCACACAAAUGUGUUGCCACCCCAGUUACUACUGGUGUUGUUGUUGUCACUGACAUCGAUACCGUUUACACCACCUAUUGUCCUUUGACUAAUAGUCAAGUGUAUGUUCCAGUUAAAACUGUCAUUUGCAGUGAAGAAAAAUGUGUUGCUAACCCAACAUCAACUGCUUUAAAACCAAAAGCCAGUACCAGCACUCAAGGUGUUAAAAAGAUUGUAACCACCUCCGCCCAAACUGUUGGUUCCAGUACCCAAUACGUCACCAUUGACAUCACUUCUACCAUUACCCCUGUUCCAUUACCAACAUCUGUUACUUCUAAUGGUACUAAUGGCACUGUUCCAGUAUUCACUUUUGAAGGUGGUGCUGCAGUUGCCAACUCUUUGAAUAGUGUCUGGUUUACUGUUCCAUUCUUAUUAGCUGCCUUUGCUUUCUAA